UAAUGAUGGAAAUGUUACAAUGCUUGAUGAUGAUGAUGAAACAAAUAUUGAUAGAGAUCCGAAUAAUAACAAUGAUGAUGAUGAUGAUGUUGAUGAUUCAUUAUUAUCAUCAUCAACAAUAAAACCAUUGGAUGGUAUAUUACCGGAUCCAACAACAACAACAACAUCGUCAUCAUCAACAUCGUUGUAUAAACGAAUUUUAUAUCAUAAUCAUCAUCACCAUCAUAAUCAUCAUAAUCGCUAUCCAUAUGAUGAUUAUCGUUAUUGGCCAAAACGUGCUGGUAAUGGUGGUAAUACAGAUUAUUCGAUGAAAAAAUGGUCAACAACAACAGCAUCAACAACAACAACGUCAUCAAAAACGAAUAAUGAACCAGUAUUUUCGUCAUCAUCAUCGAUGCUGACGUCAACAACGUCGACAACAUUAACGUCAACAAAUGAAAAUUCUUUCAAAACAAAUGGCAAUUGUGAAUCAUUUGAAAAUCAUUCAAAUUCAAAUGAUAAUUUAAUAAAAAAUACUGAUGAUAUAAUUAAAAAGUCAAAUGAUAUAGCUGCUGCUGCUGUUGCAGGUCCAUCAUCAUCAUCGACAACACCAAUAACAUAUACAAUACCAACGGUAGCUGAAAAAGAACAAUUUCAAAGAUCUCUGGAUAGCGCAACUACAUUAGUCUUUCAUCGUCGAAGCGGUCUUCCUCUUAAUUCUAGUCCUGCACCAAUUCGUAAAUCUGGAACUUGUUUCGAUUUUGACAGUUCUCUUACAUCUGUGAAUGCAAUUAAAAAAGCUCUUUUUCAUAAAGAUCCUGAUGGAAAAGAUGAUGAUUAUCAUCAUCCAAAUCUUCGUUCAUCUAAACUAAGUCUUUCAGCUCCUACAACAACUACUACUAGUGGUUUACUUGGAAAUUUUGAGGAAUCGGUAUUGAAUGGUCGUCUUGAUCCGGCUAGUAUUGUACAUGGAUUUUCAGCCGAAAUCGGUGCUAGCGGUGGUUUUUGUCCAUCACAUAAAACAUUUCCUGUCACUGUAUUUUUCUAUACACUGCAAGAUACUGAUAAAGGAGAAAAAAUGUCUUCACCAUAUUUGGGCCAUAUCAAUCUUGGUGAAAAAGGAUAUCAUGUACCUAGACAAGGAACUGUACAGGUGACAUUAUUCAAUCCAAAUGGAACUGUGGUAAAAAUGUUUGUUGUACGUUAUGAUCUUUCGGAUAUGCCACCAAAUUGUCGUACAUUUUUACGACAACGUACAUUAUUUAUGCCAAAUGAUGCCAAUGAACAUCAUCCAGAUAGUCGUAAAUGGUUACGUUACCUCAUCCAUCUCAGGUUUCAAAGUUCCAAAUCUGGUCGUAUACGUUUACAUACGGAUAUACGGAUAUUAGUAUUCCGUAAACAUGAUCUAGAUGUAGCUACAAUGAAUGGUGGUGCACCAUAUGAACUACGAUCAUUUGUUCAGAUGCCUUCCAAUCCAAAGUAUUCGAAAAAUAUUAAAACCUAGCAAUCAAUCAAUCAAUCAAUGCGGUUCAAUGAUCGUUAUUUUUAUUUGUUCAAUUCAUCGGGAUUAAUAUGUCUGAAAUCAUCUCACAGCAGAGAAAUAA